AUGGCCGAGAACGCCGGCGGACAACCACCACCGCUAAAACGCAAUGUCAAAGACCACGCUUUGUUUGAAAUUUCGACAGAGGUGGCUAACAGAGUCGGGGGUAUCUACUCUGUUUUGAAAUCCAAAGCUCCCGUAACAACCGCAGAAUAUGGGGACCGAUAUACGCUCAUUGGGCCUUGGAACAGAGCUUCGGCCGUCGUUGAAGUCGAGCCCUUGGUACCCUCCAAUCCACAUAUCCUCGGAGCUAUUGAUGCUAUGAAAGAAAGGGGAAUUGAUAUUGAGUAUGGGCGUUGGCUUAUCGAGGGAGCUCCCCGAGUUGUUUUGAUUGACACAAGUGCCGGGUAUAAAUACCUAGAUGAAUGGAAAGGAGACCUGUGGAACGCCGCCGGGAUCCCAUCUCCGCCAGGAGACAGCGAAACAAAUGAAGCUAUUGUUUUCGGUUACUUGGUUGCGUGGUUUCUUGGUGAGUAUAUCUGUAGGGAUGCCAAUCACGCCGUCAUUGCGCACUUCCAUGAGUGGCUGGCAGGUGUAGCCUUACCAUUGACUAAAAAAAGGCGCAUGGAUGUGACCACCAUUUUCACUACACAUGCAACAAUACUCGGCAGAUACCUUUGCGCGAGUUCCGUUGACUUCUAUAAUAAUUUGCAGAACUUCGAUGUCGAUUCAGAGGCAGGUAGACGAGGCAUAUACCACCGAUAUUGUAUCGAACGCGCCGCUGCCCAUUCCGCUGAUGUUUUCACCACUGUCUCUCAUAUCACUGCUUAUGAAAGCGAGCAUUUACUAAAACGGAAGCCGGACGGUGUUCUGCCAAACGGUCUAAAUGUGAAGAAGUUCGCUGCCGUUCAUGAAUUCCAAAAUCUUCAUUCUCAUUCGAAAGAAAAAAUACAUGAUUUUGUUCGGGGCCAUUUCUAUGGCCAUAACGACUUCGACCUCGAAAAUACGAUAUACUUCUUUAUUGCUGGUCGCUAUGAAUAUCGGAACAAAGGAGUAGAUAUGUUUAUCGAAUCCCUGGCUCGCCUUAACGCCCGGUUAAAAGCAGCUGGAUCAACGACCACAGUUGUUGCGUUUAUCAUCAUGCCUGCCCAGACGUCGUCCCUUACUGUGGAAGCUCUCAAGGGCCAGGCAGUCGUCAAAUCCUUAAGAGAUACCUUGGAGAUGGUAGAACAGGGCAUUGGAAAACGGUUAUUUGAGCGAUGUUUGAGCUGGCAUGAGGGUGACAAUAUGCCCGAUGAAAAAGAUCUGAUUACGGCUCAGGAUCGGGUCCUUAUUCGCCGUCGCCUCUUCGCCAUGAAGCGCCAUACCCUACCGCCUAUUGUGACGCAUAAUAUGAUGAGUGAUUCCGAAGACCCCAUUCUGAAUCAGCUCCGAAGGGUCCAAUUGUUCAACUACCCGACAGAUAGGGUGAAAGUGGUUUUCCAUCCAGAAUUUCUGAAUUCCUCGAACCCAGUUCUUCCCCUGGAUUACGAUGAUUUUGUUCGUGGCACAAACUUGGGGGUGUUUCCUUCAUACUAUGAGCCCUGGGGAUAUACUCCUGCUGAAUGCACAGUAAUGGGCGUUCCUAGUAUCACUACUAAUCUUUCGGGUUUUGGAUGCUACAUGGAAGAGUUGAUUGAAAAUUCGGCUGAUUAUGGCAUCUACAUCGUCGACCGCCGUCUAAAAGGUGUGGAUGAUUCUGUUAAUCAACUAACCCAGUACAUGUUUGAGUUUGCUUCCAAGAGCAGGCGUCAACGUAUCAACCAGAGGAAUCGAACGGAGAGAUUAAGUGACCUGCUAGACUGGAAGAGGAUGGGCAUGGAGUAUGUCAAAGCCAGGCAGCUGGCUCUCAGACGAGCGUAUCCUAUGUCCUUUGACCCGGAAGAAGAUUUCCAUGAUAUCAUCGGCGGUACGGAGCAGAAGAUCUCCCGUCCAUUAUCCAUGCCUGGAUCCCCUCGCGACCGGUCAGGAAUGAUGACUCCUGGCGACUUCGCGUCUCUUCAAGAAGGACGAGAAGGACUUAGUACUGACGACUAUGUAUCCUGGAAGCUACCGUAUGUUAUCAAUUUCAUAAGUGUUGUUUAUUGGAUGUAA